AUGGACAUCAAGGUACGCGUCAGGUAUAAGGCAAUGGCCAGCUACAUCUUGGAGUACAUAACGAAGAACGAGCCGGCCAGCGAUGCGUUAAACCAAGUCCUGAAAAUGUUGACCAAGGCACGCCGAGGGCUGAGCGCGGAUGAUCCUGGUGUCAAAGCAUUGAGGAGGCUCCUCAUCGGCGUCCGCUCUAGCCUAGAGCGAGAGCCUCUAGGGAUGUUGUCGUGA